AUGUUCGCGCCGACACAAUCCCAUUCUGAUGGUGCCCCAGAAAUCUCCCAUGGAGCGCAUUAUAAGGCUCCCAGGUCUUGGAGCAACUUGAGGAGAUGGAGCACACAAAAGAAUCCAUCCAACAACGUGCGCGAACAGGAGCGGUCAAGCACCGGUUUGACCAGCGCGACGCUUACUGACAAUUACAACCGCCAUCACGUCGGUGCUACACCUCGGCAACGACGUGUUCCAACACUUCUCCUCAAACAUGUCAUUGUGUUUCUCGCCUUCUCUCUUCCGAUCAUUAUUCUCGCCCUCGUAAUCAAGAUUCCAGAAUGGUACGCCUUUUCGGCCGAUUACUGGGUAUCAAAUUCCUUCACCCACUGCAACUUCAAUGGACUGUUCACACCCUACGACAAGCCAUCGAUAAGCCUCUGGGACCCUUCCGGGUUCUUCUACAUCACCGUCUCGUGGGGCAAGAUGGCCUUCUCAACGGCGAAAUUCAUCGAUAUCGUGUGGGAUAUUGUCGUUGGGCGUGGAGGACAGGCUUUCCUUGCGGUGGUCACAUUCAAGGUUUCAUCACAGUAUUUGGCCUUUGCAAUGCGCGAAGCUCCCGUGUCUUACAAUACAUUCGAAUCCCUCGCCUUUGUGCCUCCGGGCUUGAUGAGGACAGGGCGCUUGGCCGCGGAUUUGUUGACGAACCGGGGCUGGCGCGCGAGGUUGAUUAUUGUUUGGAUUGUGUCAAGCUCUCUGUUCGUCCUCAGCUUCUCGAGUCUGGUCACGGCUAUGUCAGGAUACAGCAGCGAUAUCAGCGCGGUCAUGCCAGAUUAUGACAACGAGUCCAUUGCCUGGACAAAUUUUCAAGUGGUUCAAUUUGCCAUUAACGACGCAGAACGUAUUGGGCUGCCUGGACCGAUGUAUAUUACGGUGGGGGAUACCUGUGUUCAGCAGGGUUUUCUUAACGAUGAUGACGAUGACGACGACGACGACGAUGACGGUAGCAGCUACAGUGAUAGCGGACUUCCAUUCCCUGACAGGACUCCCGUUCGACGUGACAAGGACGAUGAAACAGACAGCGGGAACUCGAGCCAUGGCAAAGUGGAUUGGAAGUACGUCCCAGCUAACUGUACAACGUUCUGGCAUACUGUCCAGUAUGUGAGCAUGUAUGGCCUCAAUGGGAACAACCACUCCGAAAGCAACAUUACCAUAAAUGGGCAGAAGCACACACUUGCCGCUCCAACCCUUAAUAUCACGACCUCAUACUCGCCCGUCGCACUCUCCACGCUGACAACAUACCUGAACACUUUCUCUGAAUCAGCGCCGCCAGCUCCUGGAGCAUUGUCAUCCGUCUCACAGCUUACAGAUUUCACCUUCUGGCUGUACCGUAACCAAACCUAUCCUUUCUCCUACAUCCUAGACAAAGCGACAUGCCGAUAUUCGAGAUGGCAUAACUGGGGAUUUUCAUUCCUCUUCCUAUUCAUUACAUCACUGCUACUUGCGCUUUGGGCAGUGGGGACCUAUGCAUUGUGGCUGUACACAUAUCUCAAUAGUCCUCAGGACUGUGUUCCGGGCGAGGAAACCACGGGCGGCAUCUACAAAUCGAGUUGGACGCUCGUUGAGGCUAUGAAGAGGGACGUGGGGCCAGGCGCCGUGACACCGGAAAUGGAAGAGAGUGAGAUCCGUGGCUUGGUGAGACGGCGGCCUGGACGAGUAAUUCAAGGCGUGGGGAACAUCAACAGGAGUGGCCCACUGAUGCUAGGAGAGUCCGAGAAGGAUGCUGCAGUCUCUCCUUCUCCGAUAGCCCCCAUGCAGAAAGCCCCCAUGACGCGCUGGACGGCCUUCCGCACAUGGUUGCCCCUACUAGCCCGCCUCAAACAGCGUCCUACUGACGGAACCUAUUCACCGGCGAACAGUGUAUUCGCACACGCAGACUCUACUUUCUCCUCGACCUCUCAUCAUCCGAUUCUGCAGUCACCUGCUGCACCGGGGAGGACCAUGACGAUGACCUCGCGGACUUCGGGUCUCGCAACUCCUCAGGCAGACUCACCCGUGACCUUCGGCUUCUCCGCGGCCGCGGAGGCAGACAUCAUGGAAGGUUCCGGUGUUGUGUCUGGCAUUGAUCCGGUAUCCGGCAUCUCAGUAGGAACGGGUUCAAAUGGGAGAUCUCGCCCGAGACUGAGCUUAAGUCGAGUUAUUCAGUCUGCGUCGUACGGGAACACUCCACGCACAGCGUCCGUCCUGUCUCCAUUGUCUGGGGUGGCGGGCAAGUGGAUUUACUCUCCUGAGCCGAUGUCAGCGUCUGAAAAUGCUUCAACGAUGACGAUAUCUCCAAUUCGCGAGGAUGGAAAGAACAAGCCAGGUGAGGAUGAUGCGGUUAGGUGGAAGAACGAUCUGGGUGACGACUGA